AUGACAGAGAAACCACCCAUAUCCCAGGCACCCAUGCCCGCCCCUCCGGCUGCACGCCGUGCACCGCCGCCCCUACCUCGUGCGGCCAGCGUCGAUCCCCUCUCCGACAAAGCGACCAUCCUGCUCAUCCGACGAACGCUCUGUCCAAAAGACGGGGCAUCCUCAACAACGGCAACCCAAGGUCUAGGCGGCGCGAGCGGCGGAAACGGCGAUGCUACACCCAUCGAGGAUCUCCUGCCACUCCUCACGAGCCGCAACGACGUCGACCUGCAGCUGUACGCGCUGCUGGCCGUCAUUGUGCGCGAGUUUGUCCUGGCGUGGUACAGCAAGAUCACGCCCGACGACGACCAGUUCGUGACAGAGCUUGUGCAGAUCGUGGCACACUGCACGCGCGCCCUGGAACAGCGGCUGCGCAAGAUCGACCUAGAGAGCCUGCUGUUUGACGAGCUGCCGGCGCUGCUGGGCAACCAUGUGCGCGCGUACCGUGCCUCGCGGCGACCGCUCGUGCCGCCGCCCGUCGAGACGGACCCGCGGGCCGUGUACCAUGCGCUGUGGCCACUGCCGGCUCUGUCCCCGGUGCCGCCGCCGCCGCCAGGGGCGUCAUACGUCCAUCCUGCUGCAACGUCCGGGGUCAAGAUCCAACUCGGCGAGGCGGAUCCCCACCACCGGGAGGCGGAGGACGACAGCAUCGCCCUCGAACAGGCCACCAACGAGGCAGCAUACCGCCAGCUGCUGGUCCGCGGCCUGCUGGCCGUGCUCCUUCCGACCGAGGAUCUCGAGAACGAGUGCUUGACCUCGCUCGUCACCCAGAUCUUUGCCGAGCUGAUUGUGGGCAACGUGCUGGCGCGCCGCGUGGCCGAGCCGUGGAUGAUGUAUGAGAUUGUCGGCUUGGUGGCCCGGAUUGUGCGCGAGAAGAUGGACGGCGACAACAGCGACCCGAAACGGCUCGCCAAAAAGCGGCGGGCGGCCGCCAAGCUGCAGAAGCAAACUCAAUCGUCGUCGUCGUCGCCGUCGUCCGGCAACUGGAUCACGACGAAGGCCGCGCCGGUCUUUUGGUCCGUCCUCAAGAUCGGCAUGGCGCUGUUUGCAUCACUGCGUUUCCUCCUGACGAGCAUCACGCUAUCGCGCUCGCUGCCCAUGCGCGGCAUUGUCGUGACAAAGGUGAAAGAGUCCGUGGCAGAGAGCAGCGGCAAAGACAGCUUCCUCGAUGUCAAGGUCGCGCCGUCGUCCGCGUCCAUCUACUCGGUCGCCACGUCCGUCGCCGGGACCGACGAGCCCGUCGUGCCUGUGCUGGCCUUUAGUCUCUGGACCACCAUCUCCAACAUUGUGCAGCUCGACGUCCGCAUGCCCUGGCUCUACGGCGGACUGUCCAUGCUGCAGUGGCUGGCCAUGGCUGGACCAGGACGCAUUGCCGCCCUCAACGGCCCUCUUGACCGGUAA